AUGACUUCGGUGCUCUUGAUCGCUGCCGUCUUUACGAUGGGCUAUACGAUGAUUGCCAAGCGGUUGACGACCACCGUCAUCACCGCGCCGAUGGUCUUUUUGAGUUUUGGUUUCCUCCUUUCCCAAUCAGGCGUGAUGCUGCAUGGAGAUGCGGAGGAAACCCUUCACCUCGUCGCAGAAAUUGCAUUGGUCAUUCUGCUCUUUCUUGAUGCCUCGCAGAUCGACCUCGAGGCCCUGAAAGAAAGGCAUGUCUGGCCGCAGCGCAUGCUGCUGAUCGGCUUGCCCCUCACCAUCGCAUUGGGCACAAUCGCCGCGGCGCCGUUUCUGCCGGGAUGGCCACUUGUGGCACUUGUUCUCAUGGCGGCCAUACUUGCGCCAACCGAUGCAGCACUUGGUCAGGCUGUAGUCACCAAUCCGGAUGUGCCCGAACGUCCUCGCCGCGCUCUCACGGUUGAGAGCGGCCUCAAUGACGGCAUUGCGCUGCCAGCCAUUCUCCUCUUUGCAAGCCUGACGGCAGAGGCAAUGGACCAAAACGGUGUCGACUGGGCUCUUUUCGGCGCCAAGCAGCUGAUCCUAGGGCCGCUUGUCGGGAUCGCCACGGGGUAUCUCGGUGGACGGGUCCUGAUCUGGGCGAAAUCCCGGGACUUCACCUCUGAUACCUAUGAAGGGGUUGGGGCCAUCGCGCUGGCAGGUGCUGCCUAUCUCGCGGCGACACUCGUUGAUGGCAAUGGUUUCAUCUCCGCGUUUGUCGCAGGACUCUGCUUCGGCAAUGUGGUGAAGGGACGCUGCAAGUUCAUCUAUGAAUUUACAGAAAGCGAAGGCCAGCUCCUGACCUGGGCGGCAUUCUUCCUGCUUGGUGCUGCGCUCGUCCCGGAAGCAAUUCAACACCUUACCUGGUCGACACUCGCCCUUAUCCUCAUCAGUCUGUUUGUCGUGCGCCCACUUGCCAUUUGGCUCUCACUCAUCGGCACCGACGCGUCGACGACCACACGCUUGUUCUUUGGCUGGUUCGGUCCCAGAGGUCUCGCGACGGCGCUUUUUGCGCUCUUGAUUGUUCAGCAGAUCGACAUGGAGAUAGGCGAGCCUAUUCUCUAUAUCGCGAUCAACGCAGUAUGGAUCAGCGCCUUUCUUCAUGGCCUCUCCGCCUUGCCCGCCGCGCGCUGGUACGGCGCCCAUGUCGAGUCGAAAGGCAAAUGCCCCGAGGCCGAACCCAUUACGCACUCAGCCAAGCCACUGAUAACCGACAAUACCUAA